AUGAAAUUCUCAACUGCCGUUACUACAUUGAUUAGUUCUGGUGCCAUCGUGUCUGCUUUACCACACGUGGAUGUACACCAAGAAGAUGCCCACCAGCACAAAAGGGCCGUUGCGUACAAAUACGUUUACGAGACUGUUGUUGUCGACUCUGAUGGCCACACGGUCACUCCUGCUGCUGCAGAAACAGCUUCCGCUACCGCCGUCGCCGCCACCGUUGCAGUCACUACAACAUCUGUUUUGGCUCCAACCUCCUCUGAAGCCGCUGCGGACAGCUCGGCUUCCAUUGCGGUUUCAUCUGCAGUUCUGGCUAAGAAUGAAAAGUUCUCUAAUGCGGCUACAUCUGCCACUGUCUUGACACCUCAAGGGACAUCGUCCUCGUCUUCUAGAGCAGAAGCUCUAGAAAGUAGCUCUGCUUCUUCAUCAUCCUCCCAAGAAGCCGCCUCAACAUCUACUGUCGCGUCAACUUCUUCUGCUACCCAAUCUAGUGCUUCUUCAUCUGUCGCUAAAUCUAGCACUUCCUCUUCUUCCACUUCGCAAUCUACUUCCACUUCCUCAUCUUCUUCUGGCAGUGGUAGUAUCUAUGGUGAUUUGGCCGACUUUUCAGGUCCAAGUGAGAAAUUCAAAGACGGUACUAUCUCCUGUGACAAAUUCCCAUCUGGUCAAGGUGUCAUUUCUAUUGACUGGAUAGGUGAGGGUGGAUGGUCUGGUGUUGAGAACACCGACACUUCCACUGGUGGUUCAUGUAAGGAGGGGUCUUACUGUUCCUACUCAUGCCAACCGGGUAUGUCCAAGACCCAAUGGCCAUCCGAUCAGCCAUCUGACGGUAGAUCUGUCGGGGGCUUGUUGUGUAAAAACGGUUAUUUGUACCGUUCAAACACUGAUGCCGAUUACUUAUGUGAAUGGGGUGUCGAUGCCGCCUAUGUGGUUUCUAAAUUAAGUAAGGGUGUUGCCAUUUGCAGAACCGACUACCCAGGUACUGAAAACAUGGUUAUCCCAACCUAUGUUGAAGGUGGUAGCUCUUUGCCAUUGACCGUUGUCGACCAAGAUACCUACUUUACUUGGGAAGGAAAGAAGACAUCUGCUCAAUAUUACGUUAAUAACGCCGGCGUCUCAGUGGAGGAUGGGUGUAUCUGGGGUACUUCUGGUUCAGGUAUCGGUAACUGGGCACCAUUAAACUUUGGUGCUGGUUCCACUGGUGGAGUAACGUAUUUGUCAUUGAUUCCUAAUCCAAACAACAGCGACGCAUUAAACUACAACGUCAAGAUAGUUGCUGCAGAUGAUUCAUCUAAUGUCAUUGGUGAAUGUGUUUACGAAAACGGUGAGUUCUCUGGCGGAGCUGACGGGUGUACUGUUUCUGUUACUUCCGGUAAGGCUCAUUUUGUCUUAUACAAUUAA